UCAUGGUGGCGGUGGAGGACAUCAUGGUGGCUCAGGAGGAGGUUAUGGAGGUGGAGGAGGUACCUAUCCUGCCCCAACUCCGAUCUAUCCUGCCCCAGCUCCUACCUAUCCUGCCCCAGCUCCUAUCUAUCCUGCCCCAGCUCCUAUCUUCCCUGCUCCAACCUCAUCCUUCCCUGCCCCACUUACCAGCUCACACCUGCGUCGCCGGAGUGUACAGAUAAGUCAGGAAGUGGAUUUGAAGAAGAAGGAGAUGGAGGUGAGGGAGAAGAUGAAGGAGGUAGAUAUGAAGGAGAAGAAGAAGAAGAAGGAGGAAGAUGAGGAGGAGGAAGACGUGAAGCUGGAGGCGAUGAUGUCAGAGGAUCCCUUAGGGUGUGCCCAGCUGUUGGUGUGUGAGUUGGCAGCACGACCCUCCUCCCUGCUGCAGCCCGAGGAACUAGCUAUCCUCUCCCUCUUCAGACCCGACAGUGCGAGGUCUGACGGGAACCAACUGGGGAGUGCAGUGAGAUCGGGAUUGAGGGGAGUGGAUUGUCCCUUUCAGUACAAUAUCUGCCCCUUCACCCCCCUCGAGGUCCUGGCUGUCAUCACCGCUGUCAUAAACGACCACUAGAAACUUUACCGCAAGGAGCAACGAGCCGCAAGAGUAUUAUUUAACAACGACAGUACUAGGAAUUAAGAUCGUUUGGCUUUCCGGAUGUGUGUGUGUGUGUGUGUGUGUUCGCGCGCCUCCUGCCUGCGCUAGUGUUUAGUUGUAUUGUAUGAACACAGAUGGCGCAGGUGGUGUUGUAUAGACGGAUCAGAAGGUUACUCAGAGCCACUGUAGAUUAUGGUCUCAUGAUCUAUAUAAAUAGUCACUAGAGAAAUCAAUAGCAUGGUUACUAGCAUUAUUAACUAGCCACACUCUAGGAAAUUCGUCGCUAUUAACUUACAUCAAGAAGUUCAUUUACUAGUAAUUCCCUCACAUGAAGUUGAGUUAAUGUCAAGGAACGAAGACAUUAACCUCAGAUGAUGAACGGAUUCCUAACUUGGUCAACAGAAUACUUAACCUAACCUAACCUAACCUAACUUAACCUAACCUAACUUAACCUAACCUAUCUUAACUGAACUAGCUCUCUUCUUCCAAGUUAUGGGGGGAAAAUUAACCAACAAAUUUAAGUUAAUCUGAACAUUUAUCUAAUCUGGCGAAUAAUAACUUAGAAAAUGUUUAAUUAUAUGUAAACUUUGUUAAUUUUUUAGUAUUAGUGAUAAAAGUUAAUAUGUUAUGGUCAAAAAGGUUUAUAAUUAAGUGACCAAUAGUUUAUAUUUUAAUGAU